CAUUGUACCAAUUUCAAACCACUUUUUACCGGAUCGAGUGGCUACUAAAUUCCUAUUCAGUCUCGCUCCAAGAUGCAUCGCAAACACCUCUCCCAGCUGCUCUACGGAACGGCGCUCCUCACGGCGAUCAAGGUGGUGCCACUGGUGACGCUGCAGCUGCAACUGGGCAAACAGGAACUGCCCUCCGUGACCUUCCGCUACUCGGGCAUCCUUUCCAGCGCCGUCGUGUCCCUGGUGCUCACCUCCCUGGCGAUGGCCCCCCUCCUGCGGACCUCGAAGCGCAUGCGCAAGAGGCAGCCGAGGAAGUACUUCCUGGCCAUGCUGCCCUGGAUCCUGGUGUGCCUCACCGGGUUCGCGAUGAACCUGCGGCUGCAGCUCAAGGCGAUCUUCCACGUGGCGAGUGGCAACCGGCCGCAGGGCCUGAUCUUCGCCCUGGUCGCCUACUGCGCCAUCUUCGGCUUGGCCCUCGAACUGAUGCUCCACUGGGUUGUUGUCUACCACCUGAUGACCGACGCGAUCAUCACGAGCUUCUCCAACUGCCGCAACCUGCGACGCGCCACUCUUGGAUUGCACUAGGCCUAGGUUUCUAGGUGAAGAUCUGAUCAUGAAGAUCUUAUAUCCAAAUAAUUCAAGGAACUAUUGUCUACCAAACAUCUUUGCACGAAAUCCUCAUCAUUUAUACAGUUUCACAGGUUUGGCAUGUUCACAGGUGGAAUGAAACUGAAGUCCAAUAAAAAAGCCUUUCCCAGAUAA